AAGGUGAGGCCGUAUCUUGCAGCGUUGCUGCAGUCAACGCGGAAUGGCUCACCCGCUGCGAGAGGUUCUGGCUGAACCCGAGGUGUUGCGUGGCCUGGCCCAGAACGCGGCCGGCUUCAGGUUUCCCAGAGGGGCGGUAGUCACUGUGACGGCUGAGCACUGGCGGCCAUAUACUAUCGUGGCUUCGGGAGGGGAAGGUUGCCAGAGGGUGUCAGGACCCAUGGGAGCCUUACUCGCUGUUCUUGCUCACACACUCAACUUCACGUGCAGGGUGGUGUCGCCGCCAGAUGCUGUUUGGGGUUCCCAGCUGCCUAAUGGUUCCUGGACGGGCAUGAUAGGCCAGGUGGUCCGCCAGGAAGCUGACCUCGCUCCCGGUCCGUUUGGAAUGAUCUACAGCAGGACAAAAGCCGUAGAUUUUUCUACAUUUCUUUCUUUCGAUGGUCGAUCGAUUCUAUCCAGGAAGGGCACCCCUGAAAUCAACCCGUGGGGGUUCCUGUUCCCACUGACGGGGACAGUGUGGGGUACGGUGGCGGCGGCCCUGGCGGUGGUGUGGCUGGUCACACUGCUGGUGGGGCGCCGACCUGGAGCCUCUGUUUCCCUGAACUGGACAGGAGAAGUGUUUCUGCAGAACGUGCGGGUCUUCUUUAACCAAGGUUGGUUUACGUUGUGGGCGAGGAAGGCAGCGAGAUCUAGAAUAAAUAUGAUGGUAAGAGACCUACUGACUGUUGAGUACUACUCUAUGGAUGGUCUUUUGACAAGUGCAGGACACAGUGGUUAA